UGUCAAGUCAAGUCACAAGUCAUAAAAAUAACGACUUGAGUCGACUCGAGUCCAAGUCACCAAGUCACAAGUUCCCAUGUCUGACUGUAUAUAAUGUAAUCCAUGCCUGAUUUUACUGUUUGUUUGUUUGUUUGUUUGUUUUUGCUUGUUAUCCUCCAGAUGAGCAGAUAGAUGAUGACAGUUUCUUGUUAUUGGAUGAGAACACAAUUGCAGCCCUCAUUCCAAAAAUUGGCCUCCGACUAAAAUUUUUAAAACAUUUCCAAGAACUUAAAUUAGUAAUUUAGACAUGCAAUAUAUCUGUUUUCGUUGCCAAGCCAGCAUAGCUGACUUGAAACAAUUUUUUACACACUUAAGGGCAGUCCACAGCAUUAACAGUGCUUCCACACAUUUUGAAUGCAAUCAGAAUGGUUGUCAAAGGACUUUUUAUUAUAUGAGAUCAUACAGAAGGCACCUAGUUCAACACAAUAAUGACCAUAACACCAGCAGCUCAGCUAGGUCUGAUUCUGACCAGGCUCCCAGUUUGACAUUUGAGGCACUUGAUGCUCAAGAACAUACUUGUGUGGAAGUGUCUGACAUUAGUGGGGUUUGUGAUUUGGAUGAUUUGGAAGAAGAGGAUAUGACAGAUAGGGUAGCUCUUUUCCUGGCUAAACUGAAAUCGAAGUCUUCACAGACAUUCACUGCUGUGAAUUUUACAGUGCAGGAAACAUCAAGUCUGUUGUCUGAUAUUGUCUCCAAGCUUCAGGAAAGAACAAUGUCUUUGCUUAAAGAUCUUGGACAAGACAAAAGCGGAGAAGCACAAGAAUUGAACAGGCAAUUCGAGGCAGCUUCUGAGCCCUUCAAAGGCUUAGAAACUGAAUAUAGGCAAAUGAAGUAUUUUAUGCAGUCUGGUAACUUCAUUCAGCCAGUAGAGGAGGCUUUCCCUGGCAUUUCCUAUGUUCAACACACAGAUUCCAACAGUGGUACAGUUAAGCAAAUUUCAGUGUGUGACACGUUUCAGCGCAUUCCACUUAGACCUCUCCUAAAAAAGAUACUUGAACUACCAGGCAUCAUGUCUAAGGUUAUUGCAUGGCAGAAGCAAGACAGUGGUGCUCUGCAAGACUUUUGUGAUGGUGAGCUCUGCAAAUUCCAUGCCCUGUUCUCCCGUGAAGUCUCUAUUCCUCUUCUUCUUUACAUUGAUGAUGUAGAGACUGUGAAUCCCCUUGGCUCAAAGACAUCUGUCCACAAAUUAGGAUUUAUGUAUUUUGCUAUCAAAUGUUUACCGAAAGAGCUGCUUUCCAGCCUUUCCUCACUUUUUUUGCUGGCAGUCUACAAAACCGAUGAUGCCAAAACCUAUGGCAUUGAUGCUGUUUUAAAGCCCAUAGUGGAGGACAUAAAAUCAUUAGAGAAAGAGGGUGUUGAUAUCAAAACAUCAUCCUUUGAGGGAACAGUAAAAGUCAGCAUCUGCCAGGUUGUUGGUGAUAAUUUGGGGCUGAAUGCAGUUCUUGGAUUUACUGAAAGCUUUGCCAGAAAUUAUGCUUGCCGGUGGUGCCGUGUUCCAAAAGAAGUCCUAAGGGUACAGGUAAAAGAAGACCGUGGCAUUCUCCGAACUGCUGAGUCCAAUGAGAGAGACAUUGGUCUUGAUAGUGUCUCGGACACUGGCCUAAAACGUGCAAGUGCCCUCAAUGAUCUCCACUUUUUUGAUGUCAGCAAAAACAUGGCACCAGACAUUAUGCAGGACAUCUUAGAAGGUGUAGGGAGUUAUGAGAUGAAGAUGAUCAUAAACUCACUGAUUGAGGAAGGACACUUCACCCUAGACACACUAAAUUACAGGAUCACAAGCUUUGACUAUGGCUUUAGUGAUGUCCACAACAAGCCCACUUUGAUUACAAAGCAUUACCUGCGUAACAAAGAUGGGGUCAUGAAGCAGACAGCAGCACAGAUGUGGUGCCUUUUGAGACUCUUUCCUCUAAUGGUUGGAGAUCUAGUCCCAGAAUCAAAUAGGUUCUGGGAGCUACUGCUUCUUCUCCUUUCCUGCAUGGAAUUAAUUUUUUCUCCAUCACUCACUGUCGAGAGCACAAUCUACUUGAAGUGGCUAAUAGAGGAACACCAUACUCUCUUUAUUGAGUUGUACCCACAUCAACAUCUGAAACCUAAACACCACUUCAUGUUGCAUUAUCCAAGAGCUAUAAGACAGCUUGGGCCAUUGGUGCAGUUUUGGACUAUGCGAUUUGAAGCGAAGCAUGGCUUCUUUAAACGCAUAAGCCAUAUCACGUGCAACUUCAGGAAUAUCUGUAAGACGAUGGCCAUUAGACAUCAAGUAAUGUUGUGUUACAAUUUCUUUUCUGGAGGUGUCUUUGAUCACAAUGUUGAAGUGGGCCAAGGUCACAGCACUAUUCUCGCUGAUCUUGAGAGAUGUGAUGAAAUCCAAGGAGGCUUGGAAAAUAUUCCAUCCUACACAGAGGUGUAUGUGCCAGCCUGGGUAAAACUUAAGGGAACAACAUAUAGGCCAGGUAUGACAGUGUUUGUGUCUUACUGUUCAAGUGGUGACCCACAAUUUGGAUGUAUAAGACACUUCUUGGCUUUUAACUCCAAAUUUAAAUUAGUGAUUGAGAAGUUAGUCACUGUUGGAUUUGAAAGGCAUUUAUUUGCCUUUGCUGUGCAACACACUCGUGCCAUCACAUGUAUUGAUGUCACUGAUCUGACUGAUCAUCAUCCUGUUCAUACAGUUCAGUCAUUCAGAAAGAAUGAUGACUGUUUUUAUGUGUCUCUCCGAUACAGGGUGUUGUAAUGGUCUGAAAAAAACUAACUGAAAUCAGUUAUUGUUUAAAAUGGUCAAAUAUUAUGUAAUUUAAUAACAUGUAAUCUAACCAUAUCUGGUUUAAUCCAAAUAAACUUUUCUUAGUGUUUAGUGUUAUUGAAGGCUUUUCAAAAAUUAUUUAGAAAAUCAGUUUACAUUUUGUUAAACAAAUACAAUCUAGUUAGGGGGAUAUUUUUUUAGUUGGAGGCAAGCUUCAUCAUUAUCUAGCUCCAAGCAUGCAUAGAGUUCUGUGAAACCAGAGGUGCCUAUGUCCACAAACCAGCUAUGGUGACGGGUCAGGACCAGUAGACCUUUGACAUAGAAUUUGUGCACAUUUCAGGCCUGGUAGUUGUGUGAGUCAAAAGUGCCAUAAGGUGAUAAUAUGAUUUGUAUUUCCAAGUCUUCCUUAUCAAUUUCUAAGUAAAUUUUAAAUGCAUUAAGUUAACUUAUAUUCUUAUAUAGAAUACUGUAUAUUGUAUUUGCCUAAACAUAGUUUUUUUUGUUUGUUCUGUAGAACAGUAUCCCGCCACAGCACGGCACUGCAUAUGAAAAUGCACAGGCCACCAUUGCAUCUGAAAUUGCACAGCCCAGCACUGCACAUGAAAAUUCACAACCAACAUUUGUUCUUAAUCUUUUUCCAGAUGACACGUUUGAUAUCCGUGCAAUUCUGAUGAAAGCACCACAUGGACCCUCUAUUGUGGAGAGUCUAGAGAAUAAUACAGUUUCUACCAAGCAAAGGCGUGCAAUGGUGCGAAUUAUCGUUUCUUUUCUUAUUGAGAAAUAUGGCGAAACACCAUCAACAGAGACCAAAAAGGCAAUGGCCAUUUCUCUAGUAGAGACAUUUCCCUGUCUCCGUGACCCUGAAGGAAAUGGCUUUGAGGCCUGGUUCAGCCAGGGGUGAAAACACAGGCCUUCCACAGGAUUUCUUGAGGAGCGCCUUCGCAAUAUAAGAAAGAGGAUGCGAGAUUAAGAACACAGCCCUCCAUAGUGCCUGUCUGUGAGGAGAGGUUGACUUUCAUUCCUACAUCAACUUUGUCUCCUGAGAGAGCAAUUCAAUUAAAAGAAUGGCUAAAAAACAAUACCAGACCACUGGACCAGGUUGAGCAGUAUAUGAAAGCAACUGCUCUUUUUAGGGCUCACUGGAUUCGCCAGAACAGCUCGAAACCAAUAUCUGAGAUUUUAUCAGAGUUCCCUCGUCUAAUGGAUACCCCAGGCAUGAUAUCUCAAGACUUUAGUGUACUCCACCCUGAUGCUGCUAACAAAUUGUGCUCAUCCUGGUUGCCUGACUUUGCUGACAAGAUCCUGGCCUUUGCUAAAAGAGAUGGACUGACAAAUGGAUUUCCUCAAUUUAGACAACAUAUCUGCAGAUACCAAAGGCACCAUGGCACUGAAACUUUUACCUCAGAUCCUUCCACCAUCUGUGUACAAGAUUGGCAACAAAACCUUCUGGCCAACUAUUGAGGAAGCCAGAACCUCUUUCAUUGAUGUACAACCAUCUGGAACCAACAUGGUGCAGUACCUACUAAAACAGAGGGAGGAGAAGCCCUUCCCAUUUGUCUUAGAACUUGGAGUUGGUGGACAGUUUUUCGUGGUGGUGAAUGGGGAAGCCCUAGAAGAGCAGACUCUCCUCAAGGCAGUAGAUGUUUGUUUCAAGUCCUUUUUUUGCUUUGACACCCACUUUCCAAAACAAUGUUCCCCUGCCUGGGAGUUUUUACAGCAGGUAGUUUAUGAGUUGCCUGGUUCCGAAAAUUCAAAUAUUCGCUUUUUGCGUGCCUCUAUUUAUGCUGCUGAGGACUAAAUUAUUUAUUAAACUAACUAAUGUAUGUAUCUUUAUUUAUUUAUUUAUUUAUUUAUUUGUUUGUUUAGUGUUUUGUGCAUUGAUUUGCUACAAUUUAAUUCUUGUACAUUCUUAAUUAAAGCACUGCCUUGUUCCAAAAAUGUAAUUAUAGAUUGUUUGAAUAAUUUUAUGCUGGACUAAAGAAAUUAAAUGUUAAAUAAUAUACUGAUAGUAUUUAUUUAAUUUGAUAUUCUGUAUAAUAAUUAUUUGCUAUUAUUUUGUCUUCAAAAAUGUAUUUUUUAAUAGUGUUUUAAUUUUCUGCCUGAUUCAGAAUAACAUUAUAGUUUUUGCUGGCCAUUUAA